AAGAGACGUUAUAUCUGCUGUCCACACAGCUCACAUAAAAAGCUGCCCAUUGUGUCCGGCACCCACUGUUUGACUCUCUACGUCUUUAUAGACAUCCAUUCACAGUCAACGUGAGGAGCCCGACUGACCCGGAGCGAUGAAUCCCAAAGGGGUUAAGCCGAAGUCGAAGAUCUCGGCUUCUCGCAAGCUCUCCCUCAAGAUUCUUCUCCUCUCGAGAGCCUGCGAGGAUUUGGAGAAUGAGAGGCAGCAGAAGGAGGAGGAGAAGGGCCGCUAUCUUGGAGAGAAGUUGCCUGCUUUGCAGCUGUCUGGAUUAUCACUGGAUGACCUACAAAAAAUGUGCAGGGAGCUUCAUUCAAAAAUUGAUGUUACGGACGAGGAGAGAUACGACUGUGAAUCCAAAGUGGGCAAACACAACAAAGAUAUCCAUGAGCUGAAGCUGAAGAUACAGGACCUUGGAGGCAAGUUCAAAAAGCCUGCCCUGAGGAAGGUGAGGGUGUCGGCAGAUGAGAUGAUGAGAGCUCUGCUGGGCUCCAAACACAAAGGAUCCAUGGACCUCAGGGCCAACCUCAAGUCCGUGAAGAAGGAGGACGUCAAACAGGACAAGGUGCUCACUAAUGAAGUGGGUGACUGGCGUAAGAACGUGGAGGCCAUGUCAGGCAUGGAGGGCCGCAAGAAGAUGUUCGACACGGGCGGCGGAGAUAAGUGAGACGCUCUUUGAGGACGAUGAAGCUGGUCGACUAAGAGCGGGGAAAAGGAAGUUGUCUAGACGGAAAUAUGGAAUAGUUUUCCCGGAGGCUAAGUGACUUAAAAACAUAAAGGUCAUAAGCAUGUAUAACCUCUCCUCAAUUUUUCUAGGCGGCUAUUUUCUGUGCAAUGACUCAAAGCACUUAAAGAAAAAUGUAGAAUGAGUAGACACCCAUUGUUUUUUUUUUUUUAUCACCAAAGAACAUUAUUUUUGCUUUGUUAUGACAUCUUUAGACAAUUAAAGUGGAAUAAAGCUUCAGUCUUUGAUGUUCCAUA